AUGACGGGCCGGCGGCUCGCCGCCGCGCUGCUCGCGUCCAUCGCUUUCACGUACACGCCGCAGAACCGGCGACCAACGAAGCAGCGCACCGCGCCGCCACCAACCACCAGCACGGACCGCGUCGUCGCCAUCGGGGACGUCCACGGCGACCUCGAGGCGCUGCGGAGCUGCCUGCGGCUGUCCGGGCUCGUGGACCGCGAGGACGCCUGGGUCGCGGCGCCGGGCGCGACGUUGGUCUCUUGCGGCGACGUGCUCGACCGCGGCGACGGCGACUGGGAUUGUUUGACGUACCUCGCGGACCUCAAGACGCGCGCCACGGACGCGGGCGGCGACGUGCACCUCGUGUUGGGCAACCACGAGGUGCUCAACGUGCUCGGCGACGUGCGCUUCGCGUCGCGGGGCGCGUUGGUGAGGUGCGCGUGCGAGACGGACCCGGGCCGGUCGCCCGGGUCGCGCGACGACGAGUGGCUCGUGGCCGCGCGGAAGCGCGCCUUCGCGCCGGGUUCGGGCGAGGGCGCGAGGCUGCUGGCGGCGCUCUGCGGCGACGCGCCCGUGGCGCGGGUCUGCGGCGACACGCUCUUCUGCCACGGCGGCCUCCACGCGCGCGGCGGCGACGCGCCGGGCCCCGGCGCCGGCUCCCGCGCCUUGCUCGACGCGCUCAACGGCGACGCGGCGCGGUGGCUCGGCGGCGCGGGCCGCCUGCCGCCCGCGCUGUCGCCGUCGCCGAGCUCGCCCGUCUGGAGCCGGUCCUACUCGCAUCCGGCGGGCGCGGAGCCGUCGCCGCGCCAGUGCGGCGACGCGCGGUCGGCGCUCGACGCCCUCGGCUGCGCGCGCAUGGUCGUCGGCCACACGCCCCAGCUCAACCAGGGCAUCAACGCGUGCUGCGACGACAGCGUCUUCCGCAUCGACACCGGGCUGAGCGCGUACUACGGCGGGCCCAAGGAGGUCCUCGAGCUCCGGCCGGGGAGGAGGCCCGCGGUGCUCCGCUCCGCGCCCCGCGGCUUCCUCUGA